AGGAGGAUUUCUCUGAGCAGCAGCUCUGGAAACAGGAGAGGAAUUCCAGUUUGGACCAAGAGGAACCAGAACCUCUGCAGAUGAAAGAAGAGCAGCUAAAGCCAGAAGAUCCCUGGACUAAAGAGGAAACCAUGGAGCUCCCCAUCAGUGAGCAGGAGGAGCAGCUGCUCCUCAAGCAGGAGGAAGGAGACGUAGAAGAGAAACCAUUUCCGUGUCUGACGUGUGGAGAAAGCUUUCUAAAGAAAACCCAUCUCAUGGCUCAUGCUAGAACUCACACAGGUCAGACGAUUCAUGAAUGUCUGACCUGUGGGAAAAGCUUCACUCAGAAAUGUAAUCUGGAUAAACACAUAAGAACUCACACAGGUGAGAAGCCGUUCUCCUGUGCUGUUUGCGGAAAGAGUUUUACUCAGAAAGGUCAUUUGACGUCUCACAUGACGAGUCACUCAGAUGAAAGACCGUUUUCCUGUAAGACUUGUGGUAAAAUGUUCAAAAGAAGAAAUUUAGUAAAUGAGCACAUGAGAACUCACACAGGUGAGAAACCUUUUGGAUGUCUGUCCUGUGGAAAAAGCUUCACUCGGAAAUUUGUUCUAGCUAAACACAUCAGAACUCACGCAGGCCAGAAGCCGUUCUCCUGUACAGUUUGUGGGAAAAGUUUUACUGAAAGAAGUUUGUUGACUGACCACAUGAAAAGUCACACAGGAGAGAAGCUUUUCUCCUGUACGGUAUGUGGCAAAGGUUUUUGUCGAAAAGAUGAUUUGACUAGACACAUGACCACUCACUCCGAUGAAAGACCUUUUCUUUGUGAGACCUGCGGAAAAAUGUUCAAAAGAAAAGAUUUAGUGAAGGAACAUAUGAAAACUCACACAGGCGAGAAAAUGUAUGAAUGUCUGUGCUGUGAAAAAAGCUUCUCUGAUAAACGCACGCUUAAUAAACACGUUAGAAUUCACACAGGUGAGAGGCCCUUCUCCUGUACACUUUGUGGAAAAAGUUUUUCCCUAAAAAGUAGGUUGACUGACCACAUGAGGAUUCAUACAGGUGAGAAACCUUUCGAAUGUCUGUCCUGUGGAAAAGGUUUCACCUUUAAAUCUGAUCUUAAUAGACACAUCAGAAUUCACACAGGUGAGAGGCCGUUCACCUGUACGACAUGCGGCAAAAGUUUUACUCAGAAACGUGACUUGAACAGACACAUGGGAAUUCAUGCGAGGAACGCUUUUCAUCCAUAAAACUCCUAAAAAGAUUAAUGCCUCCACCUCUUUCCAUCAGAAAAUCACAGGUUAAAUCCUUUUUAUAGCAAG